GGGCUGAGGAGACACAAGGGAAGUCGCUGUCGCCACAGUCGGAGCUGCAGCCGCCUGGAGCAGCCGGGACCCCCAGCCUCGCCGCCCCCGCCCAGCCUCUCGCGCCAUGCCGUCGGAGAAGACCUUCAAGCAGCGCCGCACCUUCGAACAAAGAGUAGAAGAUGUCCGACUUAUCCGAGAGCAGCAUCCUACCAAAAUCCCGGUGAUAAUAGAACGAUACAAGGGGGAGAAGCAGCUUCCUGUCCUGGAUAAAACCAAGUUCCUUGUGCCUGACCAUGUCAACAUGAGUGAGCUCAUCAAGAUAAUUAGAAGGCGCUUACAGCUCAACGCUAAUCAAGCCUUCUUCCUGUUAGUGAAUGGACACAGCAUGGUGAGCGUGUCCACACCGAUUUCUGAAGUGUAUGAAAGUGAGAAGGAUGAAGAUGGAUUCCUGUAUAUGGUAUAUGCCUCUCAGGAGACAUUUGGGAUGAAAUUGUCCGUGUAAGACUAGAAAAAUGCGUCUGUUCUAGAAUUUUUUAAACCCUUACCAAGGAAAAACAAAGGGAUGUUACCAACUGAGAUCGAUCCGUUCAUCUAAUCACAGAUCAUCAAAACAGUAGUGUUCCUGCCUAGGAGUUUUAGGAAGUUGUUUUUUUGUACUUAAAGCAGAAAAACUGAGCUGCAAAUGAGCACAUUCAGCUUUGGAAAACUAUUAUUUAACCUAGGCUGUCUUGUUUUCAAAUUUAGAAGUUUAAAAAUAAAAUACUUUGCAUUCUGAGUUGCCAAUAAAAUAGACCUUCAAGUUAUUUUAAUGCUCUUUCUCCAAUAGGAAUUUGCAAUUUGAGCAUUCAGAGACAUGAGUCUCCUCUCCAGGUUCACAGAACCUGCCAACUUUUUAUGCAAGGGUUUCUACUCAACUAGAGAAAUCUUCCCAGGAGGAUCUGCAAGCAUAAGUUGUCGCGCAUAGCCCCCCAAAACGCAUUUGCCGUAAUUGGCAAAAAGCAGGGCAAAUGGGGGUGUCUGAGAAAACUCUGCACUGCUGUCUGAGGUUCCUGAUUCCUGAUAAGUCUCCCCCACGUCGACGCGCUUGCAGUGGGAGUUUUUUGAUUUGUUCCCUAGAUAGUUACACACAGAAAAGCACCGCUGCUCACUAGGAGCCUUGAAUAAUUUAUCAUUUUGAUUUAGUUUCUCAAAAAGCCCAGAGAAAAAGAGUGACCUUUCUUCUGUUUUGGAUGUUCUUUAAGAGCUCAUAGCAGAGCCUGCUUGGGUAAAUGAGCAAGCGGCUGGAUCAGUUUCCUUCUUGAGGACAGUGCUGGGAGCGAUGGGAUACUGAAAGGAAAAGCAUUACCAUUCAGAUGCGCUUCCUCCACCCUGUGGCUUAAAGCUGUAGAUGAUCCAUGUUUUAUGUUAAGUGUGUGAUGAAAAUAUGUUAUUAAAGUUACAGCAUUUUUAAGAGUAUUUCAGUUAUCACUGUUAGGUUGACCCACCAUCAGAAUUCCCCACCAAGUGCAUGUCAAUGGUGAAGAAAACACAGCAAGAGGAGACGCGCGCUCUUCCAGAUGUCAGCGGCAAGAGUUAAACAUUUUCCAAGUCCAAGUAGAAUACAUGACCAGUGCUUCCUCCUGCCUGCAUGGGCUUCAUAUUUCCUGUGUCUGUGGGAGUCUCACAGACCACUUAGACUACGUGUCGCAGGUCACGAUUUACCCUUGUGUAUUUAGAUGUGUGGAACAUGUAUCUGUUAGUGGAAGUUAUCUUCGGGAACGGAGGGAAAAGCAAUAUUACUGCGUCUGGGCCCUCAGCCCCCAACCUCCCGUCCGCCGCUCUUCCCGCUGCAUGCCGCUGCCCACAUGGCUAACUUUGAAUAUGUAUAUUUUUACAUUAUGUAAAUCCUUAAUCAGCCUGUCUUGUUUAGAUUGUAUAUGCCAUUAUAUCGGACAUUCUUGUAACUACUGUGUGAUCAAUAAGAUUCCUGUAAGAAAUUCUGCUUUUUAAAAAACAAAAAUACCAUGCUGAGAGGGGGACUUACAUCCCACAUUAGUGGGUGAUCACUCUAUUUAUAGGAUCUUUAAAACAAGUACAUUUUUAACAAACUAAGGUGAAUAAAGGCACAACUAAAAACUGUCA